UGGCGGCGCCCAGGGAGAUCGCCGGAUGUGAGAUCUCGGGAUGUUUCACGCGCUGAAUUUCGCCGGCAGGUUUCUGUCGUGAUUACCGGAGGCUUCGGUGGGUGUUACCCACAUUUCUGCUCGACCCCCCUAAUGUUGCCAUUCAGCUGUACCUGGCGCCGCCUCGCGGUGAUCCCGAUCUCCAGGACAUGGUUGCAGUGUAAGAGGAAUGACGUAACAUCGUUUCAUGAGGCCAGCUCUUCGAAGUAUGACGUCAUUGUCAUCGGUGGUGGACACGCUGGGACGGAGGCGGCCACGGCGGCAGCGAGAGUGGGCUGCCGUACUUUACUCAUCACGCACAAAAUAGACACCAUAGGAGAAAUGUCUUGUAAUCCUUCCUUUGGGGGAAUUGGGAAAGGACAUCUAGUGAGAGAAGUGGAUGCACUGGAUGGGCUCUGUGCUCGAAUCUGCGAUCAAUCUGGAGUGCAUUACAAAGUGCUAAACAAGCGCAAGGGACCAGCAGUCUGGGGACUCCGAGCCCAAAUUGACAGAAAGCUCUACAAAAAGAACAUGCAGAAAGAAAUUCUCCAAACCCCACUUCUGACAGUUUGCGAGGCAGCUGUGGAAGAUCUGCUACUGACAGUACCAGAGUCAGAUCGUCCUGGGAAACGUUGUGUCAGCGGAGUCAUUCUGGAAGACGGAAGGAGAGUGCAUGCUGGGAGCGUCGUUCUGACUACAGGGACAUUUCUGAGGGGGAUGAUCCUGAUUGGACUGGAAAUGCAUCCCGCUGGGCGAAUGGGAGACCAGCCUUCCAUUGGCCUUGCUCAGACUCUGGAGAAACUAGGAUUUGCCAUUGGAAGGCUGAAGACUGGGACUCCGCCCCGAUUGGUGAAAGACUCCAUUGACUUCAGUGUUCUGGAGAGACAAACAGCAGACUCUUCUCCUGUGCCUUUCAGCUUCCUUAAUGACUCUGUGUGGAUUAAGCCAGAAGAUCAGCUGAUCUGUUACCAGACUCACACCAACCCCAAAGUGGACGAAAUCAUUCGUGAGAAUCUUCACCUGAACAACCACGUCAGGGAGACGACCAGGGGACCCCGGUACUGUCCCUCACUGGAGUCUAAAAUCCUGCGUUUCCCAAAUCGCACGCAUCUGGUCUGGCUCGAGCCGGAAGGCCUGGAUUCCAAUGUCAUCUACCCACAGGGAAUGUCUCUGACGUUGCCGUCUGAGAUCCAGGAGGAGCUCAUCACCCAUAUUCAGGGCUUGGAAAAGGCUAAAAUGGUGCAACCAGGCUAUGGCGUUCAGUAUGAUUUUCUGGACCCACGUCAGCUGACUGCCUCUCUUGAGUCUCGUCUUGUUCAGCGGCUCUUUUUCGCAGGACAGAUAAAUGGUACAACGGGCUACGAGGAAGCUGCAGCUCAGGGUGUUGUUGCUGGAAUCAAUGCUGGCCUGCGGGUCAAAGGGAAACCUCCCUUUAUCAUCAGUCGCACUGAGGGUUACAUUGGUGUUUUGAUCGAUGACCUCACCACUCUCGGCACCAGUGAGCCGUACCGGAUGUUCACCAGCCGCGUGGAGUUCCGGAUGUCCCUGCGUCCCGAUAAUGCUGACAGCAGGCUCACUUUCCGAGGCUACAAUGAAGCUGGUAGUGUGUCCCAAAACCGAUACGAGCAAGCAUCUCGGAUGAAAGCCAUGCUGGAAGAAGGCAUGGAAGCACUGAAGGAUGUUCAGUUCAGCACCACAAAAUGGCUCCAGCUCAUUCCAGAGGCUCAAAUAAGUGCUCAGCGUAGUUCACUUUGCAAUGCUCUGGAUAUCCUUCAGUACAAUGGAGUCGAUAUGGAGAUUUUGUCAAGAGCUGCUCCAGAGUCCCUGAAAAAGUUUGCUGAAUGGAAACAACUAGCAGAGAGGCUGAAAAUAGAAGCUGUUUAUGAAUGGCACGUGUCCAGUCAGAAGUUGGAAAUUGAGGAAGUGCGUCGAGAUGAAGCUCUCCAGCUGCCAGAGGAUCUGGAUUAUUUUGCCAUCACUGCAUCACUAUCCCAGGAAGUACGGGAGAAAUUGGAUUCUCACCGUCCCCAAUCGAUUGGUGCUGUCAGCCGCAUCCCUGGAAUGACACCAGCUGCUGUUGUUAAUCUACUGAGAUUUGUGAAAACCAGUCGCAAAAGAGCAGAGGGAACAAAUGACUUCUCCAGGGUUGCUGACCCCGUACCAGAAGAACUGCUGGGGGAAAGAAAGUUGCAAGCUACUGAUGUAAACAAUGCUUUUUGAGUAAAAGCUAUUGAACAGUUAUUUAUAUGUGUUCCUGGAGCCUGUGGUUUUAAGGUCACACACACACUAUAUGUAUUUAUGAAAUUCCUAUCCAAUAAAUGCAUAGACAUACCCUAUUGAUAAU